CCUUUUAGCGAGAGCCUUCAAUGGACACAACCCUUCCUCCCGAGCGCGUUCAAAGCCGCCUCAUCUCGCUCUAACAAUCUUUUUGGAAUCCAACAUCACCUCCGGUCCGGGUCUCUCAAUCGACCUCGAUCCAACGUCUUUCCCGCACCUCACGCAAGCGUGUCACCAUAUCACGCGCCAUGGCCAUGUCAACUGAAAGUCCAUCAGGUCCUGCUCCUCGUUCUCCUCAUCCCAUGAGCAUAGCCAUCAGUGAUGCAGUUGAGAACGCGAACCAAGAUCACUCCUUCGUCUUGUCAAUACCUCCUGCUCUUUCUCCUCCGAUCGCAGCUCGCGACGACCGAAUGGAGAACGCGAGUCAACAUACCUCAUCCGUCGUAUCAGUUCCUCCUUCUUCUCUUCUCGCGAACGUAGCCAUCGUCAAUCCAAUCGAGCACACGAGCCCAAAUGACUCGGCCAUCAUGUUAGCUCCUUCCGCGAACAAAGCCAUCGUCGAUUCAAUCAGCACUACUGGGAAGGCUUUCGAAGGUGACAAUAGCACGACGCCCUCUGCUGCUACGCAAGAGACCUCGAAGAUGAUCCUUUCACAGCCAGGACGCGAAACCGAGGCAUCCUUCACCUUAUUCCCAAAGCUGGCCCCCGAGUUACGCAACAUGAUUUGGUCCUCAGCUCUUUCCAUGCCAUUAGUCAUCGAAUUGUGCGGAUCCCAGAUGAUCCCACGAGCGGUGAAGCCAAUCGUGCUCAUGGCGGUGUGCCAAGAGUCACGACAGAUGGCCCUAGGGUUUUACGAUCUUGUUAAACUUGAGCAUUCCGUCGUCAUAGCCCCCUUCUACUUCUCAUCAGAAAACUGAAUCUGCCUCCUCAGAGACCAUCGUCAAUGGAACUUGGCUCUCCAAGCCCCUCGCUUCGACGACAAGUCUCAUCCAUGGAAUGGCUUUCGUUUGCGGGUGACGACUUUGGCUGUCGAUCCCCUAUUAUUCGAUAUCCACCAGGAGACGUAUUGGCCUGAUCUCUUGGAUGGGUGGCAAGCUCGGAAGCUUGCGUGCGCUAUUGCGGUACACCCCAGUGUGAAGGAGGUAAUAGUACUGAGAAGAGUGAACUUCGAGGGA